CGCCUUUAUUCUAACAGGAGUUGUUGUUUUAUGCACAAAAUACAUUUCCGAACAGAGAGUUAAUUCACCUGGACUAAGUUUCAACAUAAUCAAAUGUUUUUGUAUAAAGAGAAACACUAAUGAUUUGUUAGCAAGUCCAAAAAAUGACAUCAAAGUAUUAAACGGUAUUAGAUUUACAUCAUCCUGUACAAUUAUUCUAGUUCAUUCAAUCAUGAUAUGUAUGUUGGUUAGUACUGGAAACGCAUUGAAUUUUGAAAAGUACCUCAACAGCUACGGUAUGUUGAUAUUAAAUCUUGUCAUCGUUGUGGACACUUUCUUCAUUAUGUCAGGCAUUUUAUUCAUCAGAAACCUAAAAGCCAAUAGCACUCCGUGGGAUCUUGUAAAAAUGCUUAUAAAAAGAUAUUUUAGACUUAUCUGGUGGUAUAUAGCUGCUCAAUUGACUAUAAUAUUUAUUCUGCCUCGCUUUGGCUGCGGUCCACUUUGCGCGAGGUUUAUGGAUUAUGAGCAAGGAGCUUGUAUGAAGACAUGGUGGCUAGGGUUAUUGAUGAUGGCUAAUUAUGUCGACAGAACUAAUAUUUGCCACGCACCAUCCUGGUAUAUAUUUAGUGAUUUCCAUUUAACUUUAUUGGCGACAAUAAUAUUUUGGAUACAUCAAAAACAACCACGAAUAGGGAAGAUCUGUUUCGGUAUUUUAGCCUUCCUAAGUAUUCUAUUGCCUGGUAUAUUAGCGUACAAUAAUCCAGAAUUGGGAGAUAAUCCAUUUCACUUUCAAUUAUACAAGGUAUUAAGACAUGUUAAGGAUUCUCCAUUUUUCGUAUCGUACUUACGUACGCACAAUAGAGCAAGCCCUUACUUCGUGGGUCUGAUUAUCGGCUAUGCUAUGAAAACGUACGGAGCAAAGGCGUUUACUUUUACAAAGAAACAAUUAUUUAUCAAUGUUCUGGCAUUUGUCGCUAUAGUUGUAUAUUUAUCUACAUGGAAUUAUAAUAUGCAAGUUAUGUUAUUAAUUGUCUUACAUAGAAUUAUCUGGGCAUUUAUAAUCUGUGCAAUUAUUGUGAUGUCCGAAUAUGGAAGUUUGCCGUAUAUCAAAGAAUUUCUCUCCUGGUCUAUUUUCCUGCCGCUCAGCAAAUUAACAUACGGGAUGUACAUGGUUCAUUGUAUUAUUAUCAUGUAUAAUACCACCUCAAUAAGAAGUCCUCUCCACUUCAAUGGUUAUGUAUUGACUGAAAAAUUCCUGGGAACUUUAACACUAUCUUGCUUCAUAAGUUUGUUCUUCUUAUUGUUCAUCGAAGCGCCUCUCAACAAUCUAGUCAAAUUAUUUCUAGAAUCAAUUGGCGAUAACAAAGAAAAUCAGGAGUUAAAGAAUAACAAGAUCGAUAUAAAUAUACAGCAAACUACAGAAGUGUUUUCAGAAGAAAAGAACAAAGAAUUAUAAUUAAUAUGGUGGUGUAUUGGGAGAAGGUGGCAGGUACUCCUGCAGUGGAACAAGACAUUAAAGAUCAAGUUCUCAAAAUUCACAAUUACACAGUUUGAUUAAUACUUAUUUCUAGGCACUAUUAGUAAGAAUCAUUUGCCACCAAUGACGCGCUUUCGUUACCAAGUCAAGUGUCAGAUUGAUUAGUGAGGGGACAUAAACGUUGACAUUUUAA